GAUCUUGCGUGGGUUGGCUGUGUGACGAGCGCAGGAAAGACUAGUUUAACGCUUCUCUGCCCGCCAGUUGCUAUUGGAUCUGUCAGGUGAAAAACGCGCUCACGAACCUGAGCAUCCGCGAGAUCAUCUCCAAAACCGUCAGCGCGCCUCCAGUGACCAGCAGUCGGUUACUUCGGGAAAUACAGAAGAGCGCGAACUUUACAGCAGGUGGUCCAGCUCCUAGAUUCACCUCUGGGGAAAGUCUGUUGUAUGAGAGAAAAGACAAACGCCGUAAGUCUUAAACGACGCCGUUGUUCAAACUCGACUGACGUCGAGGUUAAAACAAACAAACAAAACGAGCGAAUUGUAAGAAGAAAUCGGAGAGCUGGGGAUGAACUGAAAGCUACACAUGAAAAUGGGUUGAAGAAAAUAAAACGCCGUUGAAGAGAGGUGUAAGUAGGAUUUUUUUAACAUGUGGAGCCAUAUAUGUGCAUUUUAUUUUGAAGAUAUAUAUUAACUGACACUAUAUUGAAGAAGAAGAGCGCUUCAAUCGUAAAUUCAUCUUCUGCUGAAUGUCUGAAGGCAGUUUCCUCUGUUGAGAUGUUGGACAUUACAUUUAUAGUUGAGUUUUACGAAAUGUAACUUUUCUUUUCAUUUUAACGUUAUUUUUACAAGUAUGUUGCCUAUCUCAAGCUAUCUUAGUGGAUUUCAGGGAUUAGAUUUAUAUCUUUUUGCUGCUGUUCCCCAUUUUCCACUGUGCUACCUCAGCAUGUGGGAGUUGUGUGUAGCACAGCAAAUCUCAAGAUGACUGGAUUUUGUAAUGACUGAGUUUGUGCAAACAGUGAUCUAUAGAUGUUAUUUCUUCUGACUGUAAUAUAGGCAUUUAUUUACAUCACUUGUCAUCACAUGGACUCGAAAUGUUUUGUCUGGGAAAGCUAUAAGCUGAUGCCCAGAAUUGUCCAUGUCUCUUUUUUUCUUUAUGCAUCAUCUUCACUAACUUGAAGUACAAUCACUGCAGCUGUGAGGAUGCAAAUUAUUGACCUUUAAACUCAUUUGCUGAGAGCUGCGGUUGCCGCCCAUACUCCUGUGCAAUUGAAGGAUUCAUGGAUGAACUUUAAGACGUAGUCAACGCAUGCAACGCUGGUGCUCUAAAUGUUCUCCACUGGUGUUUUUCACUUUAUGAGACUCAAGUUGCAAUAUAUAGGAUAAAAGACUUUUCUAUCAAGCUUCUACCUUCAGGCUUUUUUGUUUUAUCUCCCCCCCCCACUGAACUUAUCAGGUGGGGGGGGGAGGGGGAGGGGUAAGGCCCAAACUAUGGAGUCCAACCCAGACAGCCCGAGCCGGGCUGUGGAGUAUCUUCUGGAGCUCAAUAACAUCAUCGAGAACCAAGCCAAACUUUUAGAGACGCAGCGUAAACGCAUCGAGGAGCUCGAAACGCAACUUGACCGGGUCAACCAGGAGAAUCACGACCUGCGGCAGGACCGGACCCCGGGAACCGAGAACUCGACACAGAACCACAAUUACAACCAGAGCUCAAAGUCCAACCAGCCGUCAUCACUGCCAAACCACAAUGCAGGAGGUGUCCAUCAGAACAGCAGCAGUAAUAUACCCUCAUCCACGGUGCCUGGUCCAGCUCGACGGACGCACACGAGGCUGACCCGGGGCCUGUCAUGUGGGUCAGCUCCUGUUGAGAAAGAGAGAGGCCGACUGGAGCGAAAUGACAGCUCUGCGACCAACAACACCUCAACUCUACGGAAACAUGAGGAAGAAACCCAGAGUUCAGCUUCACGUCCCUUUUCAGAGAGUUCCAGUAAAUCUCCUUACGUGCACAGCUCUGAGCGUUACGGAGACAACAGCUGUGGGCCCCCAGGCCCUCGGGUGCCUUUCGUGCCCCCUCCAAGCCCAGCCAGCCUUGCCUGGGCACAGCGUACACGCAACCAACCAGCUAGCUUGGCCCUACGUAAGCAAGAGGAAGAAGAGAACAAAAGGUGCAAAGCUCUAUCCGACAGUUAUGAACUCUCUACAGACCUACAAGACAAGAAGGUGGAGAUGCUGGAGAAGAAAUAUGGAGGUUACUUCGUGAGUAGACGAGCAGCACGAACCAUCCAGACAGCAUUCCGUCAAUAUCGUAUGAACAAGAACUUUGAGCGCCUGCGUAGCUCAGCUUCUGAGAGCCGCAUGACACGCCGCAUCAUCCUUUCCAACAUGCGACUGCAGUACUCGUUUGAUGACCGACAGCCUCAACCUCCCACCCCGACUCACUAUAGUCACAGUCCAGGAAUGGGUCCUCCGCAUUCUCCAACCUGCACCACAGAACCAAGCUCCCCACGACCGGAUUACACCCACCUAGAGGACUCCUUCUCAAAACAAGUGAAGUCCUUGGCCGACUCCAUUGAUGACGCCCUAACAUGUCGACCACGCAGAGAUGAUUCCCAGGAAGGUAUAGGAGACGGAAGUGGUGUCGUAGAUGACUUUGGCGAGUGCAUAUGGAGUAGCAACAGCCAUGCGUCCUUACGGAGAGGUCUUGGAGACAGGGAUCGAGGAGGUACAGGGGGCUUGAGCAUGCAUGAGGAUAGCACAGCCACCUCCUACAGCGAUGUCACACUUUACAUGGACGAUGGACUACCUUCCUCACCACUUUCUCUAGACCGGGCCCCUAGCAGCACAGACACUGAGUUUUGGGGGGGUGUUGGAAGCGGGGUGGGUGGUAGGGAAGAUAGCCGUGACACGGAAGGAGGAGGAAGCAGCAAUAGCCGCCGAAGCACACCUUGCACAGAGUGCCGUGAUUAUCGUUUACGUGGAGGACACUUACCGUUACUUACGAUUGAGCCACCUAGUGACAGCUCAGUGGACAUGAGUGACCGCUCAGACCGAGGCUCCCUUAGCAGACAACUAGUCUACGAGCAGGACUCAGCAGGAGGAUCACCUCAAGGAACAUUAAAGCACAAUCCUAAUGCUCGUUCAACAUCCUCGACAACUGCACAAGGUCAAACACGUCCCGCUAGCCGGUCAAUACCGUCACACAUCCCGCAACACAUGGCUCACCAUCAUCACCAUCACCACCACCACCACCAUCAUCACCAGUACCCUGACACUCCUUCGUCCUCCUCCUCUCCUCAACAGCCCCCAGCCACACCGCUCUCAUCCUCCUCUUCAGCACCACUGCCUCCUGGUGGCUUGGAGCAGCAGUGCUGCUCAGAUGGUGAUAAUGACUCACUGAACUCCACCACAAACUCUAAUGAGACUAUUAAUUGCAGCUCAGGCUCCUCUUCAAGGGACAGUCUGCGGGAGCCCUUGCCCCCAUUAGGGAAACAGACCUACCAGAGAGAAAGUCGGCACAGCUGGGACUCUCCUGCCUUUAACAAUGACGUUGUUCAGAGAAGACAAUAUCGCAUCGGACUCAACCUCUUCAACAAGAAGCCAGAAAAGGGCAUUCAGUACCUGAUUGAGAAGGGCUUUGUGUCAGACACACCAGUGGGCAUUGCUCGCUUUAUCCUGGAGAGAAAAGGCCUGAGUCGCCAGAUGAUUGGAGAAUUCCUUGGAAACAGACAGAAACAGUUCAACAAAGACGUAUUGGAUUGUGUUGUGGAUGAAAUGGACUUUUCCGGAAUGGAUCUCGAUGAUGCUCUGAGGAAAUUUCAAGCUCAGAUAAAAGUCCAAGGAGAGGCCCAAAAAGUGGAAAGACUUAUUGAGGCUUUCAGCCAAAGGUACUGUGUUUGUAAUCCAGCUCUGGUAAGACAGUUCCAGAACCCAGACACCAUCUUCAUCCUAGCUUUUGCCAUCAUCCUCCUCAACACAGAUAUGUACAGCCCCAACAUCAAAGCGGAGAGAAAGAUGAAACUGGAUGACUUCAUCAAAAACUUAAGAGGGGUGGAUAAUGGUCAGGACAUUCCACGUGACUUACUUGUUGGAAUCUACCAGCGCAUUCAGAAGUGGGAACUGAGAACCAACGAUGACCAUGUUUCUCAAGUCCAGGCGGUGGAGAGAGUCAUAGUGGGCAAGAAACCUGUCCUGUCUCUGCCCCACCGCAGACUAGUGUGCUGCUGUCAGCUCUAUGAAGUCCCGGACCCCAACCGUCCUCAAAGGUCUGGAGUUCACCAGAGAGAGGUCUUCCUCUUCAACGAUCUGCUUGUGGUUACAAAGAUCUUCCAGAAGAAGAAAACCUCCGUAACAUACAGUUUCAGACAGUCCUUUCCUCUGGUCGAGAUGCAGGUUCACAUGUUCCAGAACUCCUACUACCCUCAUGGUGUCAGACUAACAUCAGCUAUUCCGGGCGGUGAGCGUAAAGUCUUGAUUGUGUUCACGGCCCCUAGUCAACAGGACCGUACACGUUUUGUCAGUGAUCUGAGGGAGAGCAUUGCUGAGGUGCAGGAAAUGGAGAAAUACAGAGUGGAGUCUGAGUUGGAGAAGCAGAAAGGAGUAAUGCGGCCCAGCCUGCUCACCAACAGUAUUAUGACAGGAGGAGUGGGUGGGGUUAAAAAUGAAGUGGUGAAUGGCACUAUGGGAAGGCCUAGUAUAGAUGACAACUAUUCACCAGGAGAGGGCCUCAAACGUACUGCUCUCAGCUCCUCACUGAGGGACCUGUCUGAAUCAGGGAAACGCGGCCGCAGAAACAGCGUUGGUUCCCUUGACAGUACAAUGGAAGUAAGUCUGAGUGAAGCAGAGCAGUCCGCGGCCUCACCAACGUUACCCAGUAGCCACUGUGCUCCCGGGAUGCUAUGGCACAGAAGACUACCGGCCUCACCGCCCCAUCCUGAGCCCCGGAGUGGGGGUGGGGGGUGGGCCGGGGCAGCAACACACACCUGCGGUGACUGGCGCUGGGCCAGUCUCCAGCAGCAACGAGAGAGGAACGACUGGGACUGGGAGCAACAGCAACAACAGCACCGGAUCCUUCCUGGGCUCCCUGUUUGGGGGCAAGCGUUCCAAAGCGCCGGGCCCUAUUAUCCCCCCGGGGCCACCCUACCCCGCCCCUGUGGCCCCGCCGACUACCGGAGGGCCGCCGCCUCUGUCCCCGUCCUCACUGUGCCCGGGCGAGGGCGGGGGGCCUUCCAAGAUCCAGGCCCUGCACGCCCAGUACUGCCACACUACCAGCAACAGUGUCAGUGGGCAGCCUCCGCCCCCGUACUACCACCACCAUCGCUUCCAUACACAGACCGUACCCUCAUCUGGGCAGCAGGGCCACCAUACGCUUCAGCGGGUCACCUUGCCACGACGGCCGCACCCCAACCCCUCCGUGCACUCCCCGUACCAGCCGAUCUCCCAGCAUACUUUGCAGGGUCGCUACGGGAGCAUGGGCAACAUGGGCUCCGGCCUCCCUCCCCCCCCCUUUCUCCUCACUCCCCACUCUCCCCUCAUCCGCAGUUUGCGCUAUUCCACACGCAGCCCACACACUCGGCCAGAGGGGGCGCCAUCAGCAAGCCCCCGCUCACGCUGUCGCACUCGCAGCCGCACCCGCACGCACACUCCCAUCCCGCGCACGUCCACACGCCGCACCCGGGCUCCCACCCCGUGCACCAACCUCACUUCGUCUUCGCCAGCCCUCCUCCUCCGCCCUUCCCUGCGCCCACUCAGCCGCCUCCAGUCUCCGCGUCCGGCACUGUCCACCACGCGCCGCCGGCCGCCCAGUAUCUGCCCCAGUAUCCUCCGUUGUCCUCCAUUCCCCCUCCCCCCCCCCACUCCCCUUUACCCCCCCCUUCCUCCCCCCUUACCCCUCUUACGCCUCUCUCCCCUCUCCCCCCCCAGCACCAAGGCCCCCCUUCACAGGCCGGGGCCCAGCAAGGGCCCUCGCCGGCUCAGACUGGAGCCGUACCUGGGGGGACGGGCACGGUCGAACGCGCCAAAUCCAAACCUACCAACCGGAUCAGCACGGUAGUGUGAGCCGGGGGAAGUCGCGAGGCUGGGGGUCGCUGAGGGGUCCUUUGGUGGUUGGAGGGGGGGACCGCCGCGAGGCUGGAGGAGGCGGGCAGGGCCAAAGGCGAUAACAACGCCAGUGGGAAAAAGAAACGCAGCCUGCUGAGACUCUGCUACUUUCACCUGCGCUUCCCUCAAGUGUAACCGAAGGCACCCACCAAGGCGAAACAGCACAAACACACAUAGAUCAUACCGAUGGAGGCUCUCAGGUAGAUCAGUGCUGUUGGAUACAUACCCAACAACAAUAAUGAACAUUUAAGACACAAUUUAGCUAUUGUAGAUGUCAUUGAUUUGGCUUCUAUAAGCAUGUAAAGGGACUACAAACGUGGACACACAAACUCAAACAUAAAAUGUCCACAAGCUUGCUUCAGUUGCAUAUAGCCAUAGCUCAAAGUUAAGAUAAAAUGGUUGCAUUUUGCAUUCAUCAUCACAGGCAUUGGAGAAACUGAGUACCUUGCUUUACCUGAGAACUUGUUUUAGGAAAUAAGAAGACCAGAGACCAUACAAAUAAUGCUGUGCUGGAUAUGAAGAUCAAAGCACAGUAUAAUGAUUUCAGACAUUCCACUAAUCAUGUUAAGCAUUAGUCAUUAGCAUUUGCAGGAUGCAAUAAUCUUUUCACUAAAUUGAUGUCCAGCUUCUACUUGCGAAAUAAUUUUAAAUGCUCCACUGCUCUUUUUGUAUACAUCUACUAUAACGGCGAUAUAUUUGAGUGUUAAUAGAGAUAUAUCUACAAAGCAAAUAUCUUACACCUGGUAUGAUUGUUUGAAGUUUGUCAGUAUUGGCCUGACCACUCUUCCACUCCUAAGACUAGUCAGCUGUAAAAAGCCUUGUACUGUAUGUGGAUGUGCCGUUUGUAAUCAUCCUAGAAUCAACGUCCAUCGGAAUUAUUAACCUAUGUAUAUAAAAUACAAUAUUUUAACAUAAAAUAAUAUAUCGGUAAUAUUGUAUUACACUUUAUCUAUCUAUCUAUUGGUUGCACCAAUACCUUGUUUCAGUUCAUGAUUUGAUCUAUAACAAGCUAAUUUAUUUUGUGUUAAAUUUCAAGCAUUGUGCCUAAAAUCUAAACAUUUUCUCAUGACAACAUUGUUUUUAUUCUACAUUCUACAAGUUAGUGACCGUUAUCAUCCAUAUCUAAAUUCUUAGUACAUUUAUAGUAAUUUUCCAGUGAAGUCGUCAAGGCCCAGAAUGUGAAAACAAAAGGCACUUUAUAAACGAAUGUGUUUUCUGAUCUAUAUUAAAUUAAUAUAUCUCUAUUAAACAAGAAACAUUUUCCAGCUGAACUAUUUUUACCUAUAUGAGGGCUAGUGACACACGUAUGAAGGAAACAUUCCACGAAAGAUUGUUGCCUCUUUAUUUGUCAUCAAUCUUCUCAUCUGAAAUGCCUGUAUUAUGCAGUUUCCUUGCAUUAAUACUGCCAAUCAUACUUUACAAGGUGUUUUUGAUUCUAUUUGACGCUGUUAUAUGAAUGUUUGCUAUGAAUUUCAAUUUUAUUGAAUAUAUUCUUCUUUUAUGUUAUAAAAUUACAGAUAUUAUAAAUUUGAGAAAAUACAAGAGAUACUUGUAAAUAAGAAAAGUUUUCUCAUGCUUUGACAUUCAACUGUGAAGUGUCAAGGAUGUGUUUUAUUGUUAUUGAUGAUUUUUAUGGACAAACACACUUGUCUUUACAAGUGUCCUUGAAUGUUGGAGACUUUGAUAUGGGUAUUAUUUCAUUUUUUUUAAACAGAAGUUAUGUACCGGUCAAGAUGUUUUGUGUGCUGUUGAUUUUAGGGUUUGGGCUGCAAGGCAGCCUGUUUUGACAUGCUAAAAACAUAACGCCAUAGUUUAGUUUUCAAUAACCUUCUUCUUUUUUUCCUCUGUAUAAUGGAGGAGAGGAGGAAGAUGUCAGAACCAAUAUAAAUGAAUUCUCACAUCAAUACAAGGAUUUCAGUUUACCUUUAUGAGAAAUCAAAGUAAUUUAGCCUUCAGUAAGGCCUUA